UCGGGGUCAGGGAGGCGCCGCGGUCCCGCGUCUCUGACAUCCAUGGGAGGCGAGGACAAGUUCCUUCUGCCGGUUCGGGACGGCUGCGACCGCGCCCCGGGCAGGUUGGAGGAAAAAAGGGGCAGCAUCAAAGUCCGCAGCGGCGCGUGGGAGGCGGGGAGCAAGCCGAGAGCGGGCAGAGGGGAAUCCUCGCAGGAGUGCGGUCCCCGCCUCGGCCGGGAGCUUGACUUCGGUGCUGAUGGAGCCCGCUGGUCCCCCGCGUGGCUACCCGCCACACUCCCUCCUCCUCCUCCUCUGCUCGCUCCUGCAGUCGUCAGCCCAGUUUACAGUGGUGGGACCCGCGGAUCCAAUCCUGGUCCUGGUGGGAGAAAACAUCACAUUACGCUGCCACCUGUUCCCAGAGAAAAAUGCCCAGGACAUGGAGGUGCGCUGGUUCCGGUCUCAGUUCUCCCCCGCAGUGCUGGUGUAUAAGGGCGGGCAGGAGCGGAAUGAGGAGCAGAUGGCAGCGUACCGAGGGAGAACCACCUUCGUGAGCGAAGACAUCCAGCGCGGCCGUGUGGCACUGGUCAUACAUAACGUCACUGCCCAUGAGAACGGCAUCUACCGCUGUUAUUUCCAAGAAGGCAGAUCCUAUGAUGAGGCCGUCAUGCGGGUGACGGUGGCAGGGCUGGGCUCCCCGCCCCUCAUUGAGAUGCAGGUGCUGGAGGAUGGGGGCAUCUGGCUGGAGUGCACAUCUGGAGGCUGGUACCCGGAGCCCCGCGCAGUGUGGCGGGACCCCUAUGGGGAAGUCGUGCAGGCCCUGGAGGAGGCUUACGUUGUGGACACAGAUGGCCUCUUCACCGUCACCCUGGCCGUGAUCAUCAGAGACUGCACUGUGAGGAACAUGUCCUGCGCGGUCAACAACACCCUGCUCGGCCAGGAGGAGGAAAGUGUGAUCUUCAUUCCCGGGGCUUCCCUGGCUCCCCUUCCAGAGCCUGUGGUUCCCAGCACCUCCUCCUGGACGCCCGCCCUGCUGGCCGCCCUACCGGCUCUGCUGCUGCUCAGCGCCGCCAGCAUCUGCCUCAUCAAGAAACUCCACAAGGACAAAGAGCCCAUGGAAAAGGAGGGGGAAAGUGAAGAGACGGAUGAUGCAGAGCAACUUCAAGAGGAACUGCGCUGGAGAAGAACCCUCUUAAACGCUGCUGAUGUGCUCCUGGACCCAGACACGGCGCACCCCGAGCUCUUCCUGUCAGAGGACCGGAGAAGCGUGAGACGGGGCCCCGGCAGGCAGAGCGUCCCUGACAACCCGGAGAGAUUCGACUGCAGGCCUUGCGUCCUGGGCCGGGAGAGCUUCUCCUCAGGGAGGCAUUACUGGGAGGUGGAGGUGGAGAAUGUGAUGGUGUGGGCCGUGGGGGUUUGCAGAGACGGCGUCGAGAGGAAAGGAGAGGCCCUGCUGGUCCCUCAGAACGGCUUCUGGACCCUGGAGAUGUUCGAAGGUCAGUACCGGGUCCUGUCCUCUCCCGAGAGGAUUCUCCCGCUGAGAGAGCGCCUCCGCCGGGUGGCCGUCUUCCUCGACUACGAGUCUGGAGAUGUCUCCUUCUACAACAUGCGGGACCGGUCGCACCUCUACACGUGUCCCCGCGCGCGCUUCUCUGGGCCCCUGAGGCCCUUCUUCCGGCUGGGGUCUGAUGACAGUCCCCUCUUCAUCUGUCCGGCCUUCACUGGGGCCCAGGGCGUCACCGUGCCGGAGACGGGCCUGAUCCUUUAUAGAACUGGGACUCAGCACGAAUCUCAGGCCCAGUUCCUCAGUCCGAGAGUCCGGUAGGGUCUCCCCGACGGCGGCACGACAGGGCACAGCACCCCUGGAAGCAACCGGCCCUCCCCUCUGGUCACAUCAGAGACCCUCCCCCAGAGGUCUCCCCGAUGCGGGCGCCAGCCCCGGUCUCCCUCAUUAGGCUGCUGUGAGUCUGUCAUUUGCCUGAGCUGGGGGCAGGAUCGGGACCCGGGAACAAGAGGGCGGCCACCCACCGCCAGCCUUGAGGAAAGUGUGAGAAGUGACACAGUCAACCUGACGUCAGAGAGAUGGCAACAGGAAACACUGGUAUGGAUGGAGGGGUGGGAAGAUGGAAGUCGGCGGGAUAAGCACAGUGGAGGUCAGAGAUAGAAGCAGCUAGAAUAGUGGGCAAGGCUACGGCUGUGGUCAAGCUCCUUCUUGACUGAGCCACGUGGGGGUCCCGGGAGCUGAGGAUCAUUUCUAGUCACCACCCCGGGAUUUGCAGGCCACAGGCAAGCUUCCAGACUGAGAACUGAGCUGGAGAAAGGGCGAGGACGGAGCUGGGCCUGGUGGGGCCCAUCUGGACCCACAACCAAGCAUCAGGCAAGGCCAAACUCAGGUACUGGGCUUCACGUGGGGUUAAGGUCCCAGCUGGGCAGUGAGUCCUCAACCACGUGGACUCCCCAAGGUUGGGGUUCAGUGGGAACAACAGCAGUUCCCAGCUUUGGGGACUUAGGAUGCCCUUAGAUACUUAAGGAGUUAAAUAUCCUAAGUGAAAUGCUGGGAUACUAUUAUAAGUAUUAUAUUCUUAUACUGUUAUAAGCUGAGGACCCAGAGACCUUUUGUUUCUUUGGGUCAUAUCUGUCAAUAUUUAUGCUCUAGGAGAUUAAGAGGGAGAUAUUUAGAUUUUACUAUAUUUAUAUUUAAAUAAAUAAUAUACCAUUUACAGAUAUAUUCAUAAUAUAUAUUAUAUAUUAUAUGUUUUGUGAAAAAUCACCAUUGUUUUCACAUGCAAAAUAAAUCUUGUGAAGAACUGGGACAUUUUAAACAUUUAGAUCCUCAUUGCUACCUCCACGUGUCAUGCUAGUGUGCAUGCUUUGGUGCAGGAAGACCAGGUUCAAUCCUUGAUUCAAAAUCCCACCCCUCACCUCCACCACCCCUGCCAUCCUCCACUCCCACCCCGUCCCCGAUGUCCCUAAGCGAUGAACCGAGAGUAGUAUCACUGGGUUAGCCUCCAAAACAAACUGAAAAUCCAAAGUUUUGUUACCAUAGGGUAUGGAAGAACAC